UUUGCGUAAUAGACGGGUGAAGUGAGCUUUUUCCCGGGGUUUCCGGGGAGUGAGGGUGGAUAGGCCAGGGGUUUGGGCUAGAAGCGGUGUCGCCGAUUUGGCGUGACGCGACAAAGGAAUUUGCUCCCUCAGAAGAGGACCGGUGGUAUAAAUAGUUGAAUAACCACUGAUAAUUUUCUGGAUCUGACUAUAUAUAAUUUCAGAAGGAACAAUGGAACACCAAGAAUUUAUUGUACUAUAUACUCAUCAAAAGAUGAAGAAGUCAAAAGUGUGGCAAGACGGAAUUCUAAAGAUCACUCACUUAGGAAACAAAGCAAUUUUAUAUGAUGACAAAGGACAGUGUUUGGAGAGUAUAUUUCUUAAGUGCCCUGAGGUGAAACCUGGAGAUGAUUUAGAAAGUGAUCGUUACUUAAUCACAGUCGAAGAGGUUAAAGUUGCUGGAAGCAUAGAUAUUAAACAGGAUGUUAGUAAAGAAGCACCAGCGGUAAAUUCAAAGAGGUUUUUAUCUUCUGGCCAGUCCCUUGGAUGUCAGCCUUCUGGUUUGAAAAGGAAGUUUACUGGUUUUCAAGGACCACAUCAAGUGCCAAAGAAAAUGGUUAUUUCAGAAAAUGGUGAAUCAGCUGCUUUACUUGAGGCUAAGAAACCUGGCCCUAUUUUUCUUUCUCCAUUCUACAGUACACCUCCUUUGUUUUCUACUGUUGGCAAGGAAGAUAUAAAUAAUAUGACAACAGACCAUGGGAACAUUGUCUCUUAUAAGAACAGAGAAAGAAAUGGCAUACCUUUUUCUUCUGUUGUCUCUACACCAUCCUUUGAGAUUAACCCAGAAAUGCUAUGUGAAGAAAAUUAUCUUUGUUCUCCUGUCAGUUCUGUAAAUAAGCAUUCAGAUUCUUUACUGACCAACGAGCCCAUGAAAAGAGAGAGUUUGGUAUCUCACUAUUCAGGAGUUUCACAAAACAUUAGAAGCAAAGCCCAGAUAUUAGCUCUGUUGAAGUCCAAGCCAAUUAGUACGUCUAAGGAACUAAAUUCUGAGAUUACAAGACAUUUCCCUCAGAUAAAACCACAAGGAAGUUUAAAAAUUCCUACUAAGUCAGAGUGCUUAAUUGAACAGGAAGAGGAUGCUGAGGUGAAAAGCACAGAAAGUUUAUACCACCACUAUCAAUCAGAAAAUGCCAUGAGAAAUAAAAGCCGGUGGGCCAUAUAUUUAUCUUCACAGAGUUCAACUAUGCAUUCUUCUUCAGUAGAAGGGAAUGAUACAGAAAAAAACCCGGAGGCCCAGGGAGGUAAUAUAAAUUUAAAUUCGAAAGACCUUUUUGUGCAAAAAAGGAUACAGUUCUUUGAAACAAGUGCUGAAAAGGGAAAAAAGUAUAAUGAAGACAAGCCAGUAGAUGAUAAUGAUCAACCCUGGGAUCAAGAAGUAAAAUUAGAAACUCCUUCAUUCUGUGAAAGCUGCAAUUUACCAGUUACCUGUAGCAAUGUAGAAAAUGAUGGCUUAUUAGAAUCUGACGUUCCAGAAAAUAAUAAAAUGCCUGUUAAUCACAAGUACCAGAUGGAUAUAAAAGAAUCAAUUCUCAGAGAAAAGGCUCAGGAGAUAAAUAUACAUGGAACACCAGAAAGGGCAUAUAAACAUCUACAAAUUGAAUCUAGUAACAAUUCUGGGAUCUCUGAUGACAUUACUGAUACGUUUUCUAAAAGUAAUACUGAUAAUGAAAACCUUAGUAGUAUUCAUGAACCUGUGAAUAAUGUAGCACAACCACUUGUGGAGGUAACUUUUAAUCUGAACAAUUUUGAAACCAGUGACACUGAGGAGGAGUCACAGGAAAGCAAUAAAAUCUCCCAGGAUUCAGAGGGUUGGGUAAAGGAAACUUUGGUUCAUGACAGCAUUUCAAGAUGUGAGAAUGUAAGCGGUAACAAAGUUGACAGUGAACACUUGCCUCUCUCAGUGCCUAUUGGGGGCAAACUUUCAGAGACAUUUCCUAUGAAAGAGAUUCUACCAUCACAGUUUUGUGAUAAAACUUGUGUAGGCUUUGACAUGGGACCUUGGAAAGCUGGAAACACUGGAAAAGAAAUAAAAGAAGAGUGUAAUGACACAUUAAGCUAUUUUGACUCAUCUUUCGAGUGGACUGAUGAUGUAUGCAUAGGUAAUAAUGAAGACACUAGUGAAUCUAUCCAAAAAGUCAGAGUUAACUAUGAUUUUGCUUCACACCCAAAUAAAUCUAUAGGUAUAAACACAGAUUUACAUAGUCCUCAGUUUUUAAACAUAUCCAGUAAUCAGAAUCCUGAAAACAGCCUGUUUUCAGAAAAGGCUCAGCCUCAGCCUUUUUUUGUGGGAAGUGACUUAGACAAAAAUACUGAACAGGUUUUACCAUUAACCUCUAGCAGUGACAACAGUAUCCGACUAUUAAAUGCGAAUCAGAAUCACUCUGAAGAAUGUAUUGCACUUGGUAAAUCACAUAGUCACGUUUCCAAUUCUUCGUUUUAUCCUCUGGGGAAAAAGCAUCCUAUUUCCAAAGACACAGAAGCACAUGUUCCUGAAUCUGAAGAUUUGGGAAGGAGUAGAGGUUUACAGCAGGAUGCUACUGAAGUGGGAACUGUUGGAGAAGGCAAACAAUAUGGGAAUAAUCCUAGAAAUUCUUCAGAACUUUCUGGAUUAGUAAAUAACAUUUUCCUAUUAAAAUCAUUGUCUGAACACAGUACGGCUUUAGAAGGCUUGGAAAUACUGAAAAGGAAAAAUAACUCCUUUAAACAACAAGGAACCCAGCAGACAUAUGAGCCAGCUAGGAAACCAUUGACUACAGUAGUGUCACAAGCUAUACCAAAGUCUCCUUAUCUGAACCAGGAUCCUCAACAGAUGAUAAAAGAAAAUGAAGUUGAACCGAGUGAAUCACUUCAGUCUUUGCAGUUCUUUCCCUUGGGCAGUGAAGAAGAGACUGCUUUUCCAGCUCUUAUUCCUAAACAAAUGGAGAGAAAAAUCUGUGACCCUAAGUCCUCAGAUGAAGAAAACUUUCCAAAAGGAGGUACUAACUUUAAUAUUGAAGACAAGUUUCAAGUGAUAGCUGAGUCUAAUAAGGACUCAGUUGAAAAUGAUUCAAUUUUAGAUUUCUCUCCUAAAGAUUCAGAACAUUCUUACCAUUAUUUGGAUUAUAACUUUAAAUCAGCAGAGAGUACUUCGUGGGAAGCAAAUAAGGUGACAUCACCAGAACAAAAGAUCUCAACAUUAAGCCCUCUUUCUACUUUUUCUCUGAACUCAAGAGAUGAAGACUUCGUGUUAGAAUUCUCUGAGGAGUCCCUGAAAGCAAGAACUUUACCUGUAAUGAAAAAGUCAAGUUCUCUGGAGAAUAAGAACCUUCAAAGACUUUCAUUAGAGAUAAAUGACUCUGAGCUAUGCUUCCCAAGUGGGCAGAAAAUAAAAUCUGCGUAUCUUCCCCAAAGGCAGAUUCACAUACCAGCUGUUUUUCAGUCUACUGCUCAGUAUAAGCAGAUUUUUACAUCUUGUCUCAUAGAACAUCUAAAUAUAUUGCUGUUUGGGUUGGCACAAAGGUUGCACAAAGCCCUUUCAAAAGUUGACAUAUCAUUUUAUACAUCAUCAAAUGGAGAGAAGCAGAAAAAUGUAGAAAAUAAUGUGCCCUCCUGCCAUCAUCAUCACCCUGCAAAACUUGUCAUGGUUAGAAAGGAAGGUCCAAAUAAGGGUCGUCUUUUUUAUACCUGUGAUGGACCCAAAGCUGACCAGUGUAAAUUUUUCAAGUGGCUUGAAGAAGUGACCCCAGGAUAUUUAACACAGGAAGAAUCUCUACCUAGCAUGGUUUUAAGUGAUAUAAAAAGUAUUGGCUUGUACUUAAGAAGUCAGAAGAUACCCCUCUAUGAGGAAUGCCAGCUUUUGGUGAGAAAAGGAUUUGAUUUUCAAAGAAAACAGUAUGGUAAACUAAAGAAGUUUACUACUAUAAAUCCUGAAUUUUAUAAUGAACCUAAAAGCAAACUUUAUCUUAAGCUAAGUCGGAAAGAAAGUUCUUCAACUUAUAGCAAAGAUGAUCUUUGGGUGGUUUCAAAAACCUUGGACUUUGAUUUGGAUACUUUUAUUGCAUGUAGUACUUUCUUUGGACCAUCAUCUAUCAAUGAGGUAGAGUUACUACCUUUGAAAGGUUAUUUCCCUUCGAAUUGGCCCAAUAGCACAGUGGUCCAUGCAUUACUGGUUUGUAAUGCUAGCACAGAGCUGACCACUUUGAAAAACAUUCAAGACUACUUUAAUCCAGCUACUCUACCUCUAACACAAUACCUGUUAACAAUGUCUUCAUCAACUACAGAGAGCAACAAGAGAGUCAAUAAGAGAAAGUUUAUCCCACCAGCCUUCUCAAAUAUUAACACAAAAUCUGAACUACUCAGUCUAGGAGCAACAUUGCAGUUAGCUAGUGAGUUAAUUCAGGCACACAAGUUAAACAAAGAUCAAGCUACAGCUCUGAUUCGGAUAGCUCAGAUGAUGGCAUCACACGAAAGUAUGGAAGAAGUGACAGAACUGGGAGUUCACACCCUCCCGAUCACGAUCAUACAUGGUGUUUUUGGAGCAGGAAAGAGUUAUUUGCUGGCAGUGGUGGUUUUGUUUUUUGUGCAGCUAUUUGAAAAGAGUGAAGCUCUCACAGUUGAAAAUAAAAGACCAUGGAAACUUUUAAUUUCUUCUUCAACUAAUGUAGCCGUCGACAGAGUACUUCUUGGGCUUCUUAGUCUUGGAUUUGAAAAGUUUGUCAGAGUUGGGAGUAUCAGGAAGAUUGCCAAGCCGGUUUUACCUUACAGUUUGCAUGCUGGCUCAGAAAAUGAAAGUGAACAAUUAAAAGAACUGCAUGCACUAAUGAAGGAAGACCUGACUCCUAUGGAAAGAGUCUAUGUGAGAAAAAGUAUUGAGCAGCAUAAACUGGGGACCAAUAAAACCCUGCUGAAGCAGGUUCGAGUAGUUGGAGUUACCUGUGCAGCCUGCCCGUUUCCAUGCAUGAAUGAUCUUAAAUUUCCUGUGGUUGUACUGGAUGAGUGCAGUCAAAUAACUGAGCCAGCGUCUCUCCUUCCCAUUGCAAGGUUUGAGUGUGAAAAGCUGAUUCUUGUUGGAGAUCCCAAACAGCUUCCUCCUACUAUUCAGGGUUCUGAUGCAGCUCAUGAAAAUGGAUUGGAACAAACGCUUUUUGAUCGACUUUGCUUGAUGGGUCACAAGCCAGUUCUAUUGAGAACCCAGUACCGUUGUCACCCUAUAAUCAGUGCUGUUGCUAAUGAUCUGUUUUACGAAGGAAGCCUCGUGAAUGGCGUUUCAGAAACAGAGAGGAGCCCUUUACUGGAAUGGCUACCAACCCUGUGCUUCUAUAACGUUCAAGGACUGGAGCAGAUUGAAAGAGAUAACAGCUUUCAUAAUGUGGCAGAAGCUGCUUUUACACUCAAGCUGAUUCAAUCAUUGGUUGCAAGUGGAAUAGCAGGCUCUAUGAUUGGAGUGAUAACAUUAUACAGAUCCCAGAUGUACAAGCUUUGUCAUUUACUCAGUGCCACGGACUUUGACCAUCCUAACAUGAAAGCUGUGCAAGUGUCCACAGUAGAUGCUUUUCAGGGAGCUGAAAAGGAGAUCGUUAUUCUGUCCUGCGUAAGGACAAGACAAGUAGGGUUUAUUGACUCAGAAAAAAGAAUGAAUGUUGCAUUGACCAGAGGAAGAAGGCAUUUGUUGAUUGUGGGAAAUCUAGCCUGUUUGAGGAAAAAUCGACUAUGGGGCCUUGUGAUUCAACACUGUGAAGGGAGGGAAGACGGAUUGCAGCAUGCAAGCCAGUAUGAACCACAGCUGAACCAUCUGCUUAAAGAUUAUUUUGAAAAACAAGCAGAAGAAAAACAGAAGAAAAAGAGUGAAAAAGAUAAAUCUCAUUCACAAAAAGACGUGGUAUAGUUUGUAUUUAUAUAAAUUCACAUUCAUUUUACACUAUACAUUUUCAUAUUUUUAUUACCUGAAAACCCUUAUUAUUAAAAAAGUACAAUAUUUAAAUAAAAUUAUACACAUAUAAAAAAUUUGCUCUUCAAAAACUUAAUUACGUUAUUAAGAUGUUUGUUGAUAAUGUAAAAAUCUUACUAAUAAAUUUU